AUGGCGGUGGAAACAAUGCCGAUGGGAUCAGAUUCAUCAACUUUGAUUUUAACAUCAGGAGCUAGCGGUCGCGUUAGGGCACUCUUCUCGAUGCGAGAGCUCAAGCGUCUCGUCACGAUAAUCCAGUCGCUGAUUCUAUUCCUCCUCCUUCCGUUUCGCGUCGUCGUUUGGAGUCGGAGGACCGGCGCGGUGGUGAUCAGAGACGAGAAACAGGAGAGGAAAGUCUGGGUUCCGCCGCAGAUCGUGGUGAGGAAAAGGAACAACAUCGCCGCCGGAGGAGGAGAAAUCAGUGCGAGCGUUGCGCCUCCGUCGGUUCCGGCUACGGUGGUUGAUGAGGAGGUUGCGAUUAGACGUGAGCUUGCGAUUAGACGGGUUUUGGAGGAUGACGACGGUGGCGAUGGAAGCUCCGUUAGGGAUUAUUCGCUUUUCACGGCGAAGAGAGGCGAUACGUUGUUUACUCAGUCAUGGUCACCGAUUUCCCCAAAUCACAGGGGAGUUAUUGUUCUGCUACAUGGAUUGAACGAGCACAGUGGCAGGUAUAGUGAUUUUGCAAAGAAGCUAAAUGCUAAUGGGUUCAAGGUCUAUGGAAUUGAUUGGAUUGGUCAUGGUGGAAGUGAUGGACUUCAUGCCUACGUUCCUUCCCUUGAUUACGCUGUAGCAGAUUUGAAAUCAUUUCUUGAUAAAGUAUUCGCCGAGAAUCCAGGACUCCCCUGUUUCUGCAUUGGACAUUCAACAGGAGGGGCCAUAAUCCUCAAGGCAAUGCUAGAUCCAAAGAUUGAAUCUCGAGUUUCGGGCAUCGUAUUGACUUCACCAGCUGUUGGAGUCCAACCAUCCCAUCCAAUAUUCACCGUUAUUGCUCCAAUCGUUGCGUUCCUCUUGCCAAGGUACCAAUUCAGUGCAGCGAACAAGAAAGGAAUGCCGGUUUCUCGUGAUCCACAAGCUCUUAUCGCCAAAUACUCAGACCCGUUAGUCUUCACAGGAUCCAUCCGGGUUAGAACGGGCUACGAGAUCCUUAGAAUCGCUGCUCACUUGCAGCAAAACCUGAACAAAGUGAAAGUUCCUUUUCUUGUCAUGCACGGUACAGCAGACACAGUGACUGAUCCCGACGCCUCAAAGAGGCUUUACGACGAAGCUCCUUCGUCAGACAAAUCAAUCAAGCUCUUCGACGGAUUGUUGCACGAUCUUCUCUUCGAACCUGAGCGAGAAAUCAUCGCUGGAGAAAUACUAGAUUGGCUAAACCAACGGGUUUAG